UUUUUUUUUAUUUUUUCGUCUAUAUUUCCUUUCAUUUCUCUCCUUUUCCAUCGACUCAAAUCAAUGCCUUUUUUAUUUUCUUUUUCUCAUGCAGCAACUUCGUCGUAGUAGUAAGACUCUCCUCACCGAAACGGGAGCCAUGAAACACCGCAAAAACAACCAUGUCCCCGUAUUCAUCGUCGUAAUCUCCGUCUUCUUGUUUGCCCUUUUCAUGUACAACGAGGACGUAAAGUCCAUCGCCGAGUUCCCCUUUUUGUCGAGGCCUAAAGCCAGUGAAAUAAUCCAACACGACGAGCCAAAUAAGCCGGUUCAAGAAUCUACCAGAAUUGAAGAAACAAAGAAGGAAGUAAUUACUUCAGUUGAUAAGGAGUUGAAAUCCAUGGCGACGGUGAAAGACGAUGAUGAAGGAAAAGUAGCUGAAGAUAAAGCGGACGACGUACAACAAAAAGUUGAGAUACUGCCGGUCGUCGAAGAAGACGAUGAAGACGUCGAAUUGCCACCGGAAGAUUGUGACCUCUUCACUGGAAAAUGGGUGUAUGAUAAUGAAACGCACCCUCUGUACAAAGAAGAUGAGUGUGAGUUUCUUACGGCGCAAGUAACUUGCGUGAGGAAUGGAAGAAAGGAUUCUAGGUAUCAAAAUUGGAGAUGGCAGCCCAGGGAUUGUAAUUUACCCAAGUAUAAACCGAGAUUAUUUCUUGAGAAACUGAGGAAUAAGAGGCUAAUGUUUGUUGGAGAUUCAUUGAAUAGAAACCAAUGGGAAUCCAUGGUUUGUUUGGUUCAAUCUGUUGUCCCGCCUGGGAGGAAGAGCUUGAAGAAGUUCGGUUCUCUCUCUAUAUUUAGAAUUGAGGAUUACAAUGCGACAGUGGAGUUUUAUUGGGCCCCAUUUUUGGUGCAAUCAAACGCAGAUAACCCAGACAUGCACGCCAUCUUGGACCGAAUAAUCAUGCCUGGAUCAAUCAAGAAACAUGGCAAGCACUGGAAAAACGUUGAUUAUUUGGUCUUCAACACUUACAUAUGGUGGAUGAACACUGUCACUAUGAAAGUCUUACGAGGAUCCUUCGAUCGAGGCGACACCGAAUACGAUGAGAUUGAACGGCCGAUAGCAUAUAAGAAAGUGUUGACCACAUGGUCUAAAUGGGUUAAUAAGAAUGUAAAUCCAAAUCGAACCACUGUCUUCCUCAACAGCAUGUCUCCUCUUCAUAUCAGGAGCUUGGACUGGAACAACCCAGAUGGGAUCAAGUGUGCCCUUGAGACAACCCCAAUCCUCAACCAGUCAAUGCACCUAAACGUGGGCACAGACCGUCGGCUCUAUGUGGUUGCCAAAAACAUUACUCAAAACACGAAAAUCCCAGUCCAUUUUAUUGACAUUACGACUCUUUCGGAAUACAGAAAAGAUGCACACACUGCAAUUCACACUAUUCGACAAGGUAAAAUACUAACCCCUGAACAAAAGGCUGACCCGGCUAUAUAUGCUGAUUGUAUCCAUUGGUGCCUUCCCGGGUUACCGGACACAUGGAACGAGUUUCUUUAUACACGUAUCAUAUCUCGCUCAUGACACGUACACAUAGAUCGCAUUGUUUUCUCUUUAAAAUUGGAAGUUUCUUGUAAUUUUCUCUCCAUUAUUUGAUCGAUGUAGCUUCGUAUAGGGUAUGGUUUUUAAUUUCUUUGGUUGAUUUAAUGUCAAAUUUCAUCACUCCUAAGCCAAUGCACAAAUUUGUAGAUUAAUGCAUAUGUUGGAAACUUUGAAUAUGGAAACAAGGUUUCCUACCUUUCCCCUUUUGCUAAUUUUUAUCAAAUCUUUGCUUUCUUCCA